AUCUGAUCCCAGUUUAGUUCGCGUUUCACUAUAGUCAACAGAUACGUGAUGCAACUUUUUAUUACAUUGCCAAUGCUAAUUAUCCAUUGACAUUUUAUCGGAAAACGCAGUAAGACACAAUGCCGUUCUUCGACUUUUUUCGGAAUUUCUUUGGCAGAAGUUCUAAACAAGAGCCGCCUCAGUACAGGUUCGAUAGUGAUCAAAGCCAUAGAGAUAGUUUUAAACAUCCUAUUUGGGAAAACGAUGAAGAUGAAGAUGACAUUAACGAUUUCAGUAAUAGACAGCCAAGAAAUAGGUUUCAAUUCAGAGUAUUUAGUGAUCCUUUUGAGAUGACUCGUUUCUUUGAAACACAAAUGGAUGAUAUGAUGAGAAAUUUCUUUGGUACAUUUGAUGGAUUUGGAAAUCGUUUUGGUCCAAACACAUUUGGAAAUGAUUUUCCUAAUGCUUUACCAAUGCCUGAAGAAAAAGUAGCUCCUGUAAGACCUCGUGACGAAGUAUUAAAAUCUGAUGAACCAAAUUCUUCUAGGUUUUUUUCAGAUGAUUUUAGCAGCAUAUUUACAACACCUAGUAAUAGAAUAACUGAUAAAGGACCCUGCCAAGAAGUUUUAAAGCCAUCUUAUGAAAUGCCCUCCUCAAACAAGAAAAAGCUUGAUUCAGAUAUAGAUGGAAAGAUUAAAUCAGAUGAAUUAGCUAAAAUUUGGAAACCUUCAGGACUAGAAAAAAAUGAUGACUCAUCACUUUCAGUUCGCUCAUUUGGAAAUUCAGUCUCCACCCAAAUAAUCAGAAGACCUGAUGGUAGUAUGGAAGAACGUAGGACAGUUCGAGACACCGAUGGUAACGAGGAAAUUAGGGUUACUCGGCAGAUUGGAAAUAAAAAACACACAAUCGUAACUCAGAAAACAAAAGAUGGUUCAGAAACUAAAACCGAAGAUGUAGUCAAUAUGGAUGAAAAUGAACUUAAUGGAUUUAAUGAAAAAUGGAAGAAAAUUCAAGUUCCCUCUGAUAAUUCAAGUGUUAAUUUUCCAUGGCAUAAAUUUUUUGGACCAAAUCCAAAAUUAUAGCUAUUUUUAAGUAAAAUAAAAUAUCACUGUUGAACCUGAUUAUAUAUAUGUAAAUAUAAACUAUAUUGAUAAUUUGUUAUUUAUUGAGUAAAUUUUUAGUUAAUUCCAAAUAAUACAAGCAUUGCAUAACGAUAAAUUUCUUUAUUGUUCGAUUUUUGUACCCUAUAGUCUGUACACGUAUAAUAUAUUUACAGUUCUAACAAAAACUAUGAGUGAACCUUGUCAGUGAACCUUGUCUAUCGAAAAGGUCGCAAAUACUAGAUUAUUGUAUGGGUGUUAACGACAAUGUUAUUAAACACAAUCAUUUUGCAAAUAAAAUCUUGUAAAAAUCAGUGCCUGGGUUAUUAUUCAUAUAAACAAAUUUUUUUAAAAGUAUAAUUGAAAAAAUGUUUAUAAUUUUAUACAUAAAUUACAGACAUUGAUAAUUCAAUUAUGUCAUACAGAAGAAUUUAACUUGCGAUUAACUUUAAAAUCAGAGUGCAACAAAAGUAAAUAAUCAUAUUAUGAGAUUGACACCGAUUCCUGGUCAAAAAACGUAUUGAACAUUAGAAAAUUAUAAUUUAUGAAAAUAUUUGGUUAAAAAGAAUUUUUAUACUUAAAAUCUGUGUAUGACAUGUAUAGUUGAUAAUAAUCAGUAAUGUAUUAUUCAAGAAAUAAUGGUUACUUAUACAUUAUUGCUAUUUAUCACAAGCCUUUUGACGUAAAAUGAUUCAAUAGAAUUUUUUAACCAGGGUUUUUAAUAAAUAUGUAUAUAUAAAAAUAUACAUUAAAUUUGUCAAAUUAUUGAAAAAUAGGAUUUUUUAAUGGGAGCCCGUCCACCUAUAUAGAACUUAUCAUCAUUCGCGUUAAAUACAACUCGUUAAGCGCACGCGUUCUUCACGUCUGUUUAUGCAUAGUUAUACUCCUACUUGUAUUUACAAGUGUACGCGCUUUUCAGCAUGUUAUACGUAUUAUAUUUACAAAUUACUUUUGAGAUGACGUAGUGAACAAAGGUACAAACAAAAUUUUUAUUUUUUGAAAUCAUAUAAAUGUUCAUAAAUUUCGUAUCAACUUUUCAUGUUCAAGAAAAUCGCAUUCAAUUGUUUUUAUUAGCUAAGUAACUGUAUGAAUCGUAUCGUAAAGCAAUUUCAAAUCUUUCAACGUCAAUUUUCUGGGCAAUAUUCUAAAUAUCAUUUCCAUUUUUUAAAUGUAAUUUACCAUUUUUAUUCAUUAGUAAAUAAUCGCACACAAUACAAACUAUUUUUAUAAAUAUAAAACUUUAUCUUGGUGGACAAUCUAAAAAUAUUCAACCAUCACAGUGGUUACAAUAAAUUAUAUUUCAAUUUUUAUGUAAAUUAUUACUGUAAAAAAUUAGCUUAACAAUUUAGAAUUAAAGAUCUCAAAAUUAAUAAAAAGUUAAAUUCGUAAUACUUUGGUUUUUAAAGGAGAAAACAAUUUGCUAAAAAUUAAAUCCCGAGAGUAGGAACACAUUACCGUACCUCGGUGACAAUCGGUGAUUUAAAAUAGAUAUGAAAAAUGAUUAUUCAACCAAUAUUCCUUGCUAUUUUGAAUUAUUUUCUUGCUGUAUCAGACAACGCAUAAUGGUCAAUACGUAUAUGUGUUGACUACACCAUUUUUAAUGUUUUUUUUUCUAUGUACUCCUAGAAUAUAUAUACACACAGUAUAUAUACCAUUGGAAGUUUUUGAUCACUGGGUAAUGUUAUAUAUUAAAAUAAAACUCAGCUUGUUUUAGAAAGAUUAUUCAGUAAAAUUAGUACGCAGCAAAAAACUUGAUUCGAAAUACAAAAAAUACUUUUAUGUAGAUAUAAAAUAUACAUUCUUGAGAAAGUGAUUCGUUUGAUUGAUUCAGACAAGAUUCAUAUGAAACCUGUAAUAUUGCUUUAAAAUAAAAAUAUAUUUUCUAUUGUUUUAGCUUUCAAUUCAAGCUACAGCAUGCUUAAAAUAUACAAACAUUAUAAGGCCUAUCAAUAUUAUUGAAAGAAAAUUUUGUUUGAAAACAUUGGGAAAAUCUAUAUCAUUUUUUAGCGUUUCAUACGAUUUCACAAUAAUUAACGUUUGUCUGCAAUUAAAUUUUCACAUGAAUUAUACAUUAUAAAUAUAACACUUUUUUAGCCUUAUAGAAUAAAACAAAUUUAUCAACAAUUAAAGUUAAAAAAUGAAAACACAAAAAAAUUAUCGAGUGUUAAAAAAUGAAUAACGGCUGUAUCAUAUUUAUGCAGGGGCGAUCUUCAGUAGUAUACAAAUAUCAAUACAGUCAUCUCAAUUUAAAUAAUAGUUAAUACAUCGUUUAGAGGGAAUGAGGAAGAGUAAGGGCGAUUAUUUCGAGCGCAAGCUAUUACAUAUA